AUGGACCCCCAGGAUGGACUCCUCGCCAUGGCGGUGCUUCGAAAGAAGGUGGCCAAGACUGAGAAGUAUCUUUGGCAGAAAGGCGAUCCCAUCUACGAGACCAAAGAAGUCAUCGUCGAUGGGCAGAGGCAGAUGCAGAGAGUGGACACUGGUCGCAGGGAGAAAGGCCGAUGGAUUCCAACGGUCGACUUCUCGGACGUGGAGAAGAAGACCUUGGUCGCCCCCAGUGGGGUUUGCUUUCGUGAGCUCGGAGCAACCACUUCUCUGGUGAGGUCGUCCCCGAGGCAAAUUUGUUUGGAUUUGUCCGAGUUCCAAGUGGCGGAGUUACUUCAAUGUCAACAAGAGACCGUGACAUAUCAGCCUCAUGAAGGUGUCUCAGUGAGUGUGAAUGUGAACUCAGAAGCCCAACCGGCGUCCCGUCUUCUGGGUUAUGAGAUCCGUGAGAGACUCCUGCCGGUUGGCCAAGAGGUCUAUGCUUUGGGUGACAUUGCAUGGCGCUACCGAGCUAGCAUCAAAGGUAUGCAGGGUGAAGGAUGUGUGGCCGUGCUGCAGCCCUCCAAGGUGAGAGGCUGA